CCGGAGCCUCGGGGAGGCGGGCCGAGGGCGACGGCGCUGCGGUGCGCCGACUUCGUAGCGGGGCGGUGCGGCCGGGCCGCGGCGGAGGGUCGGCAGGCAUGGUGGGGCGCGAGAAGGAGCUGUCCAUCCACUUCGUGCCCGGCUGCUGCCGGCUGGUGGAGGAGGAAGUGAACAUCCCCAGUAGGCGGGCUCUGGUGACUGGUGCCACUGGGCUUCUAGGUAGAGCUGUGUACAAAGAAUUCCAGCAGAACAACUGGCAUGCGAUUGGUUGUGGUUUUAGAAGAGCAAGGCCAAAGUUUGAACAGGUUAAUCUGUUGGAUUCUGAAGCAGUUCAUCACAUCAUUCAUGAUUUUCAGCCCCAUGUCAUAGUACAUUGUGCAGCAGAGAGAAGACCGGAUGUUGUAGAGAAUCAGCCAGAUGCUGCUUCUCAGCUUAAUGUGGAUGCUUCUGGGAAUUUAGCAAAGGAAGCAGCUGCAGUUGGAGCAUUUCUUAUCUACAUUAGCUCAGAUUAUGUGUUUGAUGGAACAAAUCCACCUUAUAGAGAGGAAGACAUACCAGCCCCCCUAAAUUUAUAUGGCAAAACAAAAUUGGAAGGAGAAAAGGCUGUCUUGGAGAAUAAUUUAGGAGCUGCUGUUUUGAGAAUUCCUGUUCUGUAUGGGGAGGUUGAAAAGCUCGAAGAAAGCGCUGUCACUGUUAUGUUUGAUAAAGUGCAGUUCAGCAACAAGUCUGCAAACAUGGACCACUGGCAGCAGAGGUUCCCCACUCAUGUCAAGGAUGUAGCCACUGUGUGUCGGCAGCUGGCGGAGAAGAGAAUGCUGGAUCCGUCAAUUAAGGGAACAUUCCACUGGUCUGGCAAUGAGCAGAUGACAAAGUAUGAAAUGGCGUGUGCGAUCGCUGAUGCUUUCAACUUGCCCAGCAGCCACUUACGACCUAUUACUGACAGCCCCGUCCUAGGAGCACAACGUCCAAGAAAUGCUCAGCUCGACUGCUCCAAAUUGGAGACCUUGGGCAUCGGCCAGCGA